GGGAUGGGAGAUCAGAAAGAGCCGACAAUGGUACACAGAUCCACUUCGUUUAGUAUCAAGAGUCUAUUGCUUCCAUCUAAAAGUGACAAACAGGACUCAGGGCUCCCAGAGAAAAACAUACUUCCUUCGGGGUCAGAUUCUGAAAAAUCUGUUGAUCCGGUCGAAAUGGAGUCUCCUCCGCUAGAAGCAGAGAAACCGAAAGAGCCAGAGGACGGAGAGGACCGCGCGACUGAGCCCAGCAAAAACGGAAAAUUCGACAAACCGCCGUUCAGCUACAAUGCGCUGAUCAUGAUGGCUAUUAGACAAAGCCCGGAGAAGAGACUGACGCUAAAUGGAAUCUACGAGUUUAUUAUGAAGAACUUUCCAUAUUACCGGGAACACAAGCAAGGGUGGCAAAAUUCUAUCCGUCACAACCUAAGUCUCAAUAAAUGUUUUGUGAAAGUGCCAAGACACUACGACGACCCAGGGAAGGGGAAUUACUGGAUGUUAGAUCCCUCAAGUGAUGAUGUCUUCAUCGGUGGAACCACAGGAAAACUUCGGAGGCGUUCGGCUACUUCCAGAGGCAAACUGGCGAUGAAGCGCGGGCUUCGGUUUGCGCCUCUUGGGUUGGGAAUAAAUGACAGGGCAAACAACCCUCUCUAUUGGCAGAUUUCUCCAUUUUUAUCUUUACAUCAUCCACAUUACAAUGGCACUUCGUCCGGAUUUCUGAAUCAAGGGCAUGCGUAUGGUUCCUUGCUCCCCGGAGUGGACCAACUGGGUAAUGGAGACCUAACACGACCCAUUCUUGGAAGUUCUGCUGGUGCCCUAGGGUUGACGAACAGUUACGGGAUGAACACGUCUCCCGUUGGUUUACUAUCAGGACAGCCGAGCUACUUUGUUUCAGGAAGCCAGCCGCCACCACCUAUCCAGCAGAGCGCGCCUGGCUUUGGUGUGCCGGCUAGCUCUCCACAGUCGCUGCUUUCAGACACGCUUAGAACAACGUUACCGUCUUUUUCACCUGGAGUGUCGAGUGGAUUCCCAGGAGUUUUGUCCCAUCAAAAAAGAGUUACUCCAAAUUCCCUCAUAAACUAA